AUGCUCCCACGAUCGUCGGGAACAUUUUCUCCCACUCCCCCCCAAGGUCUACAGACAGGAAUCUCCUCCCACUCUCCACAUCCAUCGCAGGCAGGUGUGCUGAGUGCGGGUGCCAGCCCGAGUACCAGCAGCCCAACUGGCAACUACGCCUUGUCCAAGAUCACCGUCGCCCAGGUCUAUGUGCUCUUGAGCUCCCUCAAGGCGAAGAAGGACGACCCGGCCGAGUACGACAACAAGGUCAACCGCCUCAACAAGCUCAUCGAUGAAAACGGUAUGGAGGUCUUUGCGAAAUACUUCACCAAGCUGGUGCAUACCAGCGCGUCCCAGAUCUUCCCGGGCACGAGUAGACCCAUAGGCAGUGCGACAAAUACGGGAAGUCACUCGCUGCUCCUGGAGGAGAUGCGCAAGAUAUCUCACGAUGAGCAUCAAGCGACCAAAAUCUCCGAGUCUAUCGAGACCGGCACCGAGGACAUUUUCCGCGACUUCGAUCUGUCCACUUUUAUGGAGCACUUCAGACUCGACGCUUUGGACAAGACAAUAUUAGCUCUGGCGUUCAAGUUGGGCAGCCGGCCUGACUUGAAAGCGAAAGCCGAUGCGAUCCUCUCCACCAACUAUCCUUCCUUCAUCGCCAUCCUCUCGCAACCGGACGGAGAUCAUUCCGACUUGAGCCCCCACUUCCUCUCCAUCAUCAUCGACCGACUGAUCCAAUACCAUCCCCCCAACUUCAACUCCUCCGCACACCGGGAGCUAUUAUCAAAGGUCGAGGCCAGAUACGCGCAGCUCGACAUGCCCACUCCUUCCGAGGUCCUUGCCGCUCUGGACCUCAACAGGGUCCUCGUCGACAAGCCGCCGAAUGCCUUGGCGUUGUAUAUUCAAAAAGUCGGCCCUGACUUCACGCGAGACGAGGAGUCCUGCGCCAGGUUCCUCCAAGACAGGCCGCAAUCUGUACAGCUUAGCGCAGAACAGGUGUCCAACGCGCUCUGGUACACUGCCAUUAGCCAGACCCCGGAGCACAGCCCGACUGUCCUUGUUGCUGGUCUGCGACGGGCCCUGCCUGCGGCCUUCAGGUGGCAAGACGUGCUGUCAUACUUUGACCAGCCCAGCGCGCGCAUCUCACCACCCGAGUUCCUGCGGCUCUACAGGGCGCUACACAUGGUUGCGCUGGAGGACGACGGGUCUGGCUUUGACAUCCAGAACCUCUGGGGCGGAGACUGGGCGAAUGCGGAUGCACAUCUGUCUUUCGUCUGUGCCUUUGGCAGCCUCACCCCAGAAGAGCUGGAUGCGACCACGAUACCGGGCCUCCGACCAACCUUCACCCUGGCCGAGUAUGCACAGUCCCCGGUACCUGUGCGCGAGCGGGCCGCGUAUGCAGUCAGGCAUCCACUCGUCUCGGUUGACGCCCUCACGGCAGUCUUUGGUGUAGCACUGAGUUCGCAGCACGCUUCGCAGACCAUCGAGGCUAAGCGCUUGUUUAACGAAGUCGUCGUGCCAAAUCUCGAUAUAUUCGUUGUCUCCGCCUUCGGUGUACCGAAGCCGUGGCCUGAGAUGGCGAAGGACACGCUGACUACCCUGUUUGAGACGUUCCUGUUCAAACAGCAGGAAGGCUACCAAUUCGCCCUCGACAGCCUGUGGCGCAAAGACAAGGACUUCGUCAAGCUGAAGAUCAGCGAAGCUCAUGCACGACGGCCCAUGGACUUGCCCAUUUACCUCGAGCACGCCGAAUAUCACGGCUGGUUGGACGAGUUUGUGUACGAGUUCAGCGGGUUUGGUCUGGACCUCGCGGCCUUUGCGCACGGGCAAGGCCGGCUCGACAUCGAGCAGUUGACCAGGACUAACGCCACGCGGGGCCCCGAAGUCGUCCAUGCUCUCCUCCAAUUUCUCAACAUCAAGGCCGACAACGAGACGAGAUAUCAGCGACAGGGAGGUCAGCAUCUACUCAGAACAACGCCGCUCCAGCUGAAGACGGUGUACCACUUCUUGGGCUUCUUGAGUGAAUUCUGCGCCCCGCAGCUCAAGGAAUGGAGGGAGUGCCAGCGAAAUUGCACAAUUGCCUACCCACGUCUUAUCAACUACGGUGGGCAGUACGACGCGAUUAUCGAUCUGAACGGCGCAGAUGGCAACAACCUCCCGAUGGCUGCCAUCAGCAGGAUGGAAGACCAUUACAAGAGCAUGUACAGUGGCGAGACUCAAGUCAGAGACAUAGUAGGAGCUCUUGAGCGCUACAAGCAUUCUCGUGACCCCCUGGAACAGGACAUUUUCGCCUGUAUGAUUCAUGGGUUGUUCGACGAGUUCGUCCAUUAUCCCAGUUAUCCGAUCGACGCGCUUGCUCGGACUGCGGUUUUGUUCGGUGGUUGCAUUUCCAGGAAACUGGUCGAUGGCAUACCUCAGCACGCUGGCCUCGAAAUGAUUUUGGAAGCGAUCAGGGACUACCCAAUCGAACAUAACAUGCAUAAAUUCGGUCUGCAGGCCUUGAUGCAGCUUUAUAAUCGUUUCCCGGAAUGGCCGGGAUUCUGUCGGCAGCUUCUUCAGAUCAGCAGCCUUCAGGGCACCGAGGCCUGGAGCAGAGCCGAGAAGGCGGUCAGGGAACAGGAAGAGGACCCAACAUACCAGCACAACGGCGGGGACGCUCCUCUCAACCACGACCCUCUCACCAAUGGCAACGUGGCCGAGUCCGGCGAGCAGCAGUUCACUCCUUUUGCCUCAAUCAAUGUUGACCCAACGCCUCCUAGCGCUGGAUUUGAGGACCCAACAGAUGACACGCAGGACAAGAUCCAGUUUGCACUCAACAACAUGGAUCAGGCUUCGCUGAAAUCUCGGUUUGACACAAUCCGCGAAUCCCUCGAGCAGAAACAUCAGCAGUGGUUCGCCAGCCACCUGGUCAGAGAUCGAGCAAAGGUGCAGCCAAAUCUCCAUCAGAUGUACCUGGAUGUGGUAAAGCUCUUCGAGGACAACAUGCUGUGGGCCGAAGUCCAGAGGGCGACCCUGAGCUGCGUCGCUCAGAUGCUAAAUUCAGAGUCAACCAUGCACAGCUCCACAGAGCGAACCCAGCUGAAGAACCUAGGUGGCUGGCUGGGCAUGCUGACCCUGGCACGGGACAAGCCCAUCCGGUACCGCAACAUUGCCUUCAAACAGCUACUCAUGGAGGCCCUUGACACGAAGAGGUUGAUUGUCGUGAUACCCUUCGUGUGCAAAGUGCUCGGCCAAGGCGCAUCGUCAAUGGUCUUCCGGCCGCCCAAUCCAUGGCUGAUGGACAUCAUCCACCUGCUGAUCGAACUCUACCACAACGCGGAGCUCAAACUGAAUCUCAAGUUCGAGAUCGAGGUGCUCUGUAAGACCCUGAAUCUGGACCACAAGAGCAUCGAGCCGUCCGGCGAGAUCCAGAAUCGGGUGGUUGCGGAAGAGGCUACCCAGGUCGCUGUAACCGCCGAUGGGAUGGAUGCUUUUGACAACCUUUCCCUCAAUGGCAUCGGGCAAGGGGUCGUCAGCAGCCUGCUGCCACAUGCUGUGGCGCCAACUAUCCCCGACUUGCAUGCGCGGCUGAACAUCCCGCCCGCGAACGAGAUGGUCGUCACUAAUGCCCGUCUCCGCGAUAUUGUCCACACCGCGUUCAACAAAGCCUUGCAAGAUAUAAUCCAGCCUGUCGUUGAUAGAUCCGUUACCAUUGCUGCCAUUAGCACUCACCAAAUGAUACGCAAGGAUUUCGCAACGGAACCUGACGAGAAUCGUCUCAGGAACUCGGCAAUCAGCAUGGUCAAGGCAACCGCAGGCAGCCUAGCUCUUGUUACUUCCAAAGAGCCUCUGCGCGCAAACUUCACCAACUACAUGCGCCAGCUCUCCACUGACCUCCAGGGUGGCCUGCCCGAGGGCACAAUCAUCAUGUGUGUCAACUCGAACCUCGAGCUUGCUUCAAGUGUGAUCGAAGAUGCCGCCGAGAGGCGUGCCAUCCCUGAGAUCGAGGAUUUGAUUGAGCCUGAGCUUGAAGCGCGCCGACGUCACCGGAUGCAAAGGCCGAACCAGCCAUAUGUCGACGCUUCCCUAAACCGAUGGGCCAUGACCAUGCCUGACCCUUACAAGAUGGCACCUAGCCUCAACGGACUGAGCGCAGAGCAGAUGGCAAUUUAUGAGGAGUUCCAAAGGCAGCCGCGACCAGCCACGACAACCACAACUCCUUCACACAUCCCCUCGGGCUCUGAUGCAACCAGAUCAAUGGCGAACGACAUCCUUCAGGAUCAAUAUAAUUCUGUGCCGUCUGCCCCCACGCCUGCCGAAACACCCGCUAUGCCUCCCCUAGCCGCACACACCCAGAACUACCCUCAUGCGCAUGCGGGCGUGACGAAUGGACGGCAGCCCGCUCUCAGCCAGGUUGACGCCAGAGUCCUCGUCGAGCGGGUUACCAAGCUUCUCUUCGAGCUUCAGCGCGCCGCAACGGAGGCGCCGGAAGAGCAUUACGAGGAUCUGCCACGGGGUCACUCGGUCCUGGAAACAAUGGAUGUUCUCAUCACUAAUGUGAUCAAAGCCCGGACCUCAACAACCGACGAUCCCACGCCCCAUGUCGUUGAGCAGAUUUGCAAUGUCCUCCUUAGCCCGCUAGAGGACAGCCUUGCAGUCGAGACAUUUGCUCACGCCCUCAACGCGAUACGCAGGAUGGGGGGCCCUAUUCUGAGCGACUUUGCGGUACAACUCUUCCGGCGCCAGGACGGGUCCAUUUUCCUGCGCCUCCCAAUGAUCAAGGCUUUUAUUGGAACGGAUCUUCUUGACUGGCGCACCCUGGACGAGGCCCUCUCCGCAUCAAUCAGGGCACAGGAGGAGGGAAGCCUGCAGAUGCUCGAUCAAAUCAUCAAGGCGACAAUUCUGAGCGAGACGCCAAUGGCGUUGUUUGCCAACUUGGUCUCCAGCCUGGAACUUGCCUACGCUUGGAUCGUUGCAGACCCUGAAGUUCCAGGAGGCGAGGAUCUCAAAGCCACCUUGGAUGCUGCCCAGGAGCGAAGCAGUCAGAUCCAGGGCCGUGAGCAAUUGGAGUAUGUUUUUGAAGAGUGGGUCUGCCACUACCGUAACAAGCCGGUUACGGACAAGCUUGCGCGUAACUUUGUGAAGCAGCUUCACGACCAUGCCGUGGUCAGGUCGAAGGACGAUCUGUUGGUGCUGAUCCGCGUCGCUCUGGACGGCUCGGUGUUGCAGUUCGAGGCUGCGCUCAGCCAGGGAAACAGCAUCGACGACGGGUACCUGUGGGUAAACGCCCUUGUAUCGCUCAUCAUGGCUUUUGUCAAAUCUACCGGGUUCGACGAAAGUGACCCAAAGUCAAGCCCUGCAUCCCUUCUCGCCUCCGUCUGGGCUCUUGCCACCAUGAUUCUCAAUGACCACACCAGGAAGCGCAACGAACGCUAUUGCCAACGUGUCUUCUUCCGCUUCUUCUCGUCACUGCUCCACGAGUCUGGAGCGUUCUUUGACCAGCUGGGUGAAUCGCACAGGGAUGAGAUGCUUUUGAAGAUUGCGCCACGGCUCUCGGCCCUUGGGCCUGCGAUGUUCCCUGGCUUCUUCUACGCCUGGCUGGGCCUGAUUCACCAUGCGGCUUUCCUGCCGGCUCUCAUGGAUAUGGAAGGCGAGGCUGGAUGGGCGCCUUACACCAAGCUUAUUCAGCAGCUGUUGGAGUUUGUGGGCGAGCAGUUGAACACGGUUCAAUUGCCUGACGUGAUUCAUAAGCCUUACGAGGCGGCCGUCAAGUUGCUGAUAGCGCUGCAGCACGACUACCCACAAUACGUCGCGGCUAACUCGUCCGCACUCCUAGCAAGCAUCCCACCACACUGCACUCAGAUGAUCAACACCAUUUUGUUUGCAUCCGUCACCAAGAUGCCGGAUCCGAUGACGGCGGGGCUGGAUGCUGCUGGCUCCCAGACGGGGCCUUCCAACGAGGGCGACAAUCCUGCUGGAUUCCUUCAGAGCAUUGGUCUCCUAGACAUCCUCAACUCUGCCCUGGAGAAAGGGCCCUCUGAGGAUGCGGUGGCCCACAUGACUCAUGCGAUCAGCCGAGGCGAUGGAAGGACAGGCUUUGGGCCCACGUCCAUUAACGCAAACCUGCGUGUGAUCGAGGCGAUCACCGCGCACAUCGGCAGGCAUGCGGUGCAGCGGGCAGCGGCAGGGCAGCCGGCGUUCGAGCCCGGUUCGUCAGGCCUCGUGACGCUCUCGAUGCUGGUGCACGAGCUGGCGGCGGAGACGCGCCACUACCUCCUGCUGAGCAUCGUCAACCACCUGAAGGAUCCCAACGCGGACAUGGAGUUCUUCAGCAAGGCGCUGCUGGAGAUCUUCUCGCACGACCUGUCGGACCCCGAGGAGACGGAGAUCCGCGAGCAGAUCACGCGGGUGCUCCUGGAGCGGCUGAUCGGGUACUGGCCGCAGCCGUGGGGCCUGCUGAUCACGGUGGUGGAGCUGGUCAAGAACGACAAGUACAUGUUCUUUGAGCUCCCGUUCAUCAAGCAGACUCCCGAGGUCGCCCAGCGCUUUGUGGACAUAAUUAAUGCGCACAGCUAG